AUGAUUUUGGCUGUAUAUAUUGAACGUGUCAAUCCAGGUCAAUUUGGUAUAUCACAACCAUUCUAUUAUCCAUGUUUUCCGAGAAACAAAAAAAAUUCAUCAACAGUAUCAAUUAGUGAUUAUGAAGAGAAUGUUUGGUCAUCAAUGAACAAAACAAAGACUAAAAUUCAUGAACAUAAUCAUUGGAUCGAGAUGGAUUCGAAUACUGAUAAAGUUUGUCCAUUAAUGCGUAUAAAACAUUUAACAAAAGUAUUUGGCAAAUUGGCUGCUGUCUCAGAUUUUUCGUUUGAUUUCUACAAAGGUGAAGUAUGUGCAUUAUUAGGACACAAUGGUGCAGGCAAAACAACGAUUACAUUUAUUCUCGUCGGUAUGAUGGAAGCUACAUCGGGUUGUGUUAUUUUACAAGGUCUAGAUCAUCGAAUACAUAUUCAAAAAACUCGAAAAAUGAUUGGUUUCUGUCCACAAUAUGAUAUUCUAUAUGAUAAACUAUCUGUUCAAGAACAUUUGGAAUUGCUUGCACAAAUACGUCAUUUAGAUAGAACAACAAUCAAUAAAUCGAUUGAUACUAUUCUAGAUUUGAUUGGACUUACCAAUGAUCGACGUACACUUUCGAAAGAUUUGUCCGGUGGUAUGAAACGUCGAUUAUCAAUUGGAAUCUCAUUAAUAGGUGAUCCAAAAGUACUCAUUCUUGAUGAACCGACUAGUGGCAUUGAUCCGUACAAUCGUCGUCUCAUUUGGACGAUCAUUCAAAAAAUGAAAGAUGCUGGUAAAUGUGUCAUUCUAACGACACAUUUUCUUGAAGAAGCCGAUAUUUUAUCGGAUCGCAUUGCGAUUAUGAGUCAUGGUCAGUUGCAAGCGAGUGGUACACCAGAUUUUCUCAAAAAACAAACAGAAUAUGAAUAUCGACUUUUUAUUGACAAACAAGACAUGUGUAAUACUGAUAAUAUUGCUCAAUUUAUUCGACAACGUGUUCAAACAGCCGUCUUAGAACGUGAAACAUCAUCGGAACUUGUUUUUGGAAUUAAACGUGGUGCAACGCAACAUAUUGGUCGAUUGAUCCGUAGUCUCGAUGAACAAUCUCAACAACUUCCUAUCAAUGGUUAUGGUUUAUCUAUGACAACUAUUGAAGAAGUCUUUCUCAGUCGGCGACAAAUUGCAUUUCUUGUCGGCUUUUUUUUUAUACCGAUUAUUCUCGAAAUUUUAACAGUAGCCAUUUUACCAACACCAAAAACUAUUGAAGUAUCAAUGUUACAAAAUGAACGUGUAGCAGAUGCUCAAGUUCAAUUAUAUCCAUCUAUCUAUAAUCCACAUACUGUUAUCACUUAUUCGAAUAACCACGAUAGCAAUGCUCAAUCACGUCUUAUUACCUAUUUGGCAAAUACAAAUGCAACUAUCAAACAAAUAUCUACAAAUACAAUUGUUAACGAAGUUGUAUCUCAAUGGAAUGAAUCCGAAGACAUAUUUGUAGAUAAAUAUCAGAUUGGCUUUGGUCUUUUGAAUAAUUUAACAUCGAGUAAUCAAUCAUUGACAUUUGACGUUUACUUCUCAACUGUAAAUUAUCAUACCAUGGCAACAAGUCUUAGUGUUGCUACGACAAGUCUAUUUCAAUUCUAUGCAAAUUCAUCAUCAAAAAUGAUAGUUACUACUAAUCAACCGAUAUUGACUCGUGGAGAACCACUUAGUGAAGAAGAUCGUUUUUUUCAAAUGAUCUUUUGUUUCGACACACUUCCAUUAUCAUUAUUCAAUUUUAUCAAUAGUGUUCUUGCGGCAGUAUUUAUUGGAAUUCUUUCAUCGAAUUCAAUACGUGAACGUCUAACCCAUUCAAAAGAUCUUCAAUUAUUAACUCAUUUAUCGAAAUUUACAUAUUGGUUUUCUACGGCCUUAUACGAUUUUAGUAUAUGUUUGAUUCUAUGCGCCAUAUUAACUAUUAUUGUAAAGAUCGGUGCCGUGUAUCGAGUUGAUUCUGGUGCCGAAGUUCAAAUCUAUAUAACCGAUCAACAUAUGGGCUAUUUAUUUUUAAUGUUUAUUUUAUAUUCAUUAGCGUCAUUACCAUUUAUCUAUGUAUAUUCUUUUAUUCCGGGUACGGAAUUAAUUGGUUUUAUUAUAUUUUUUAUUGUGAAUGUACUUGUGUGUUUUCUCGAUGUCGUUCUCGGUUUUAUUGGAGUAUUUUCUGGUAGUAAACCAUUGCCUGAUGGAACUCUUGUAAAUCGAACAGGAACAAUUAUGACAAAUAUACGUUGGGUCCUAUCGGCUUUAUUUCCGACAGUCAAUCUUAAACAUGCUCUAUUUAAUAUUCGUCUACGCUCUAGUGAUUUGUGUAUUGCUGCAGUAAAUUCAGUGAUGGGCACAAAUUAUUCAUCAAAUGAACCGUGGAUGUCAUUGAGUGAACCUGGUCUAGGAAUACAAUUUUUGAUUUUUAUCGGUCAAAUGAUCUUCUGGUGGUUUAUUGUCAUAUUUCUUGAAGCAUUAUGGAAAAUGUGUUUGAAAAAAAUUCGACAUUGUUCUAAACGACAGAAACAAACUGUUGUAACAGAAAUUGAAUGGAAUGAUACAGAACUUGAUGAAGAUGUUCGAAAUGAACGUCAAUUAAUUUUGAAUCGAAAUCAAUUAACAAAAUCGGCUGUUGUUAUCGUUCGAGAUCUUGUACAAGAGUUUAAGAAACGAAAAGAAAAAUCAAUGACUAAACGUAUCCAUAGAGCUGUUGAUCAUCUCAAUUUUUUUGUUCCAUCUAGUUCAUGUUUUGGUCUAUUGGGAGCUAAUGGAGCUGGUAAAACAACAACAUUUCGCAUGUUGAUCAAUGAUAUUCAACCGACAUCAGGCGAAGUGAUUAUUAAUCGGAUGAGAAACAAUUCUGAAAUAGGUUAUUGUCCACAAUUCGAUUGGCUUGUUGACCAUCUUAAUGUUAGAGAAACAUUAACUUUAUUUGCUAGAUUGAAAGGUCUGACAUCAGCUGAUAUUCAAAAUAUUUGUAUUGACAUGAUUCAAUGUUUUGGUCUUGAUACAUACGAAGAACAAGAAGUACAAAAACUCAGUGGUGGAAAUAAAAGAAAAUUAAGUGCAGCACUGGCAUUUAUGGCUAAUCCGACAUUGAUCUUCUUGGAUGAACCUACUACGGGUCUAGAUGCAGCUGCCAAACGAAAAGUAUGGAAAGUGAUUCGAGCAGCUCGUGAUGCUGGUUUAACAAUUAUCAUGACAAGUCACAGGUAG